GGCCACUCUACUGGUAAGGAAGAAGGUGCAAGGUGCAAGACAAUCCAGUGACAGAUCGCGAUGACCAAUAAGAAAGUGCUAAAGAAAUAGAAGGGAAGUUUACCGAUGCAAAAUUAGAGAAGCAAGUUGAAGAACGUUUAAAAAUUCCAUUUAAAGAAGAACCUUGAGCCACCAACAAACAGGUUGUCAGCAGAAACUGUAGCUUUGAAACCUGGUUUUUUUAUGAGUACGAAACAGAAUCGGUUGGUGAGGCUGUGUAAUCUUGGGGAUUUGACGAUUUAUGACGAAAAACUGCGUCAGAUAUCCAGCUCAGCUAUACAAAACACCUUCAUUUCCACUUGAAUUAUGUCUGGAGCUGUGUAUCAACCUACUACAGUCACAUACGAAAGCAAUGGAGAACGUUGGCAAGAUCGUCCAAUCAGUUAUCUAGCUUCUACAGUUACUGAAGUGGCUUCAACACCCUGUGGAAUAUCAUGUGUUGCCUGCAGAGGCUUAUGCCCAGUUUUACUGUUGACAACUUGUGUGACAUGUCUUAUUGUUGGAAUCAUACUGUUGAUACAAGGUGCUCUUGGUUAUGCAGGAACGUCACAGAGUGAAGAAAACGUUUAUUUAUUGCUCACAAUAUUUGGAGCCCUAUUUUUUAGUGUUUCAUGUCUUCUCUUCGUAAUCUUUUUACGGAUGACAAGAAGAUGGUGCUGGUCCACUGGUAAAGACCAUCUAGACAUAGUUGGUAGCCCUGGAUUGACUAUAAAUCCCUCCACAGAUCUUUUGGUCACCGCCCAAUAUGCUCCAGUGUCUGAGGUGGCGUAUCAACCCACUCAACAAGAAGACUCUGAGCAGAGCAAGCUGAUGCCACAGGAAAACAAAGAUUUAAAAGAAGAUACUGACUGUAUGAUUGAAAGGGACCCAAGGAUUGUACUACGACCUCUCAAUCAACCUAUCCAUGAAGAAACUUAAAGAGUAGAUCUCUUUUCUUCAUCACAUUCCACAUAGUUCUUUCUUCUGAUUCAUAUGAGAUUAAUCAUAUUUUUUUUGUACUAAAAAGACUACCAUGAAGACUUCACAUAGCUUUAAGUUGAAAAUUGGCUAAGUUAUCUUUUUAUUCAGUUCAUUUAAGGCUCAAAUUCUUUUUUAGAAAGAUGAUCUUGCAAACUGAACAGUAUUAUAAAAAUUGUUUGAAAUAUUGUCCCUUCAUCAUUUCUUUUUGACAUAUUUUCGGUACAGAAGUGAUAAAUAAAAUUGAAUAAUUUUGGAGGUUAUAUUUCUGUGGUGUCUAUAUUUUGUCAGUUUGAUAAACAUUAGAAAGAGUUCGAAGUUGGACAAUUUGUUAUAUACUUAUUAUUGAAAUAUGAAAAUAUAUAAUAUUGACUCAGUUUGUGCACUUCAAACUGUAGAUUGUUUAACAUUUUUUCAUUUAUAAAUAUGUUGGGUUCAUAUAGCCUACCUUGAUAUUGGAAUUCAGUUCUCAAGAAGGCUGUAUAAGCCCACUAAUACUUUGAAACCAGUGAGAGGAUUACAUUAGUGCAAAAAAUGUAUUUGAUUGUAUUUAAUUUUGUUGUAUUUGUAUUGAGAUUGAGUAUUUUUGAAAGACCAGUUGGAAGUUUAUGAAAAAAUUGCUCCUUUUGGAAGUUGCAGGACUCUCAGUAAAUUUCUCAAUGAGUUCGUCCUAACGAAUGAAUUUAUUCCCUCCCCCAACAUACGUCCAUUUUUACUAGUUAUUCCGACAUUCCUUCAAAAUAUUGACUGCUGUUGAAGUAUGGCAUUUAUAUAUUUAAUAUUUAUAUGAUGUAUUUAGAUUUUGUAGUUUAUUUAUUUGUAGGUUAUAUUUACUUUUGAUUCAGCUGAAAGGUUUGUGACAAAGAUUUAGCUUUGAUUAUAUUUCAUAUUGAGUUCACUGUUUGAACUGAAAUGCUUUAAUAUUUCAAUAAAUUGUUUCUUCGUGA